AAUUGACUUCUUCUUACUCAUAAUAAUCACAUCCAAGUGGCUAUAACUUCACUUUCAAUCUUUGGCAUAGUUUCCAUUGUUGAAACGUGACAAAACACCUGUAGCCAUCCGAUAAGACUACCACACACAUUUCUUCAAACUCACCUUAACUUCAUUUACUCUCACUCGGUUCCUUCUUCCUUCAUCAACUCCAUUUUCUUUUUCAUCCAAACAUGUCCUCCACUUACGCAAACCCAGCAACAUCAUACAAUCUCAUCUUCUUCUCAAUAUUACUCCUUUCUUUUGCAACAACAACAAAAUCCGACAACCCACCCUGCCCGUAUCCCUGUUACCCACCACCCACCGGAGUCGUCACGCCCACAACCCCUUCAACUGGCGGUGGUUCCACCGUUACACCGGCACCACCUCAACCCGUGUUAUCAUACCCGCCACCUUCUGGCUCCUACCCUUUUUACCCAACACCGCCUUACGGCGGCGGUGGCGACAACAGCGGCGGCGGAGGUGGUGUUUUUGCCACCCCGCCACCCCCUGAGCCUAUUCUUCCCUACUUUCCGUUCUACUACAGGAAGCCACCCCACAAGCCAGAAGACAACUCAGCACCGACCAGUUCGAAGAAACGGAAGGAGAUGGUUUUCAUAACUAGUUUGUUGUCGUUGCUUCUUCUCUUUGUAUAACUCUUUUCAUCGAAAUCUUCAUGUACUCUAAAUUGUUAAUUUAAUGCUUCUUCUUUUUUCCCUGUUGUGUUUAGAAAUAUAAUGUUAAGUUACCCACGUUUUUUGUUUUGUUGCGUUUAAGAAAAUGUUACUUUAUCUGUUGUUUGCGGCUGA